AUGUCAAAGAAGAAAGUUCAAACGAGGCUAGCCAUUAAAGGUGAAAUAUCCAUUGAUGUUCCAACCGAUACCAUUUUUUCCAUACUUACUCGGCUUCCAGUUAAAUCUUUGUUACGUUUUAAAUCUGUUUCUAAACCAUGGAAUGCUAUAAUCUCCGACGAUAAAUUCACAAAAAUUCACCAUCAUCAAACCAAAGCGUUAGGCCGCAAUAAGCUAUUGGUACAAAGACCUAGUGGUUAUUUCAACUUUAGAGACCUCGAAAAUCCUCAAUUAAUUUUGAUGGAAAAACAAUUAUUUCCUCUAAAAAGAUUACAACAAUGUGCUGAAAUCAUGUGCUCAUGUGAUGGUUUGGUACUUGUUAAAGACCAUAAGUCCUAUAAUGAGUAUGUUUUGUGGAAUCCAUCUACCACAAAAUAUCGAAUUCUUGAAUUAUGUCCUUAUUUGAACCUGGACAACGAAUGCCCAAUUGCUUGUGGAUUGUGCUAUGAUUCUAAUCUUGACGACUACAAGGUUAUUGUGAUAUGUAAAUUUUUUUAUGGUGUGAAGGAUAUAUUUGUUUUGACUAGUUUAAAAGGUUGUCUUAGUUUAUAUGGUGGCACAUACUACAAUGAAGGAUUGGACAUAUGGAUUAUGGAACAAGAUGGUUGGAAAUUGUUAAUGAAAAUUUACAACUUGCCCAAAAUUUGCAUACUGUUUGUACGUAUUAUGAAGCUUUUGUGGUGCAGUGAAAAUGGUGAGAUUUUCUUCCAUGGACAGUCGAUGAAUCAACCUGUCAUCUAUUAUCCUAAACAGAAACAAUUUGUUACUGUUUCAUUACCUGAUAUGUCGAGAGAUUCCUAG